GUGGCGGAUGCCUUGCGUGUUUGAUCAAGUGGCUGGGAGGAGUUCCCGAGCUGAGGGCGGUCACUCACUCUCGUCGUUGGUGCGCAUUAAGAAGAAAACCAGGGAGCGGAGGCAUGUCGUUGAAUGUCGUAUGCUCCUGCUAAGGUAUCCCAGAGUCUCACAAAGCUGCGCCCGAAGGGCGCCGCGCAAAAAAUUACGGCGAGCAACUCGAGCAACCCGAGAAACUCGACCCGUGACGGGCCAAAAAAUUCCUGCCUCUAUUAUUAUAAUAUCUGCUGGAUGGAACAAUUCCUUUGCAACUACUACUUGUUGUAUGUCUUAGCGACCCACCUCUUCAACUUCAUUCUCCUAUCGGUGUCAUUUUUGGUAUUUCCAUCUCUUGCUUGGAAUGACUACUUCUGAGGCACUGUAUUCCUAAAUAGCGCCUGAAGGACUAUUUUGCAUUCCGAUGAACAGCGAAGUGAUUCAUUGAGACUGAAUGAAGACGACUCCGACGAGUGUGAAGAGUCCAACCUUCAUACAAAUUUAGGCGAAGGUACUUCAAGUUACUG